GAAAAAAGUUGAAUUACGCUUGUGAUUAGGAAUGAUGAUAGUCCAAGCCGAGCGUGCAAACUAAAUAUUUUCGAUCGGCGUUGAUCAGUGCGAAAGUGACAGUUGAUGGGAGAGCGUCGCGUCGAGCGCAACACGGCACGGAAGACACAUUUGAAGCGAGCGGCGACGCGAUAAGCGAAAACAAACAAACUAAAGAAAAAAGAUUAACACUCAAACUAAUACAAAUACAAAAACAAAUAAAAAUACAAAAUAAUUCCGUGUAAGCAAAUAAGCAAAAUCAAUUUAAUCACAAUAAAAAAAAACGAUUAAGAAAAAAGAGCAUCAAGUUGCAUGUGUGUAAAUACAAUAAUGUUGUCAUCACUAAAGUCAACAGCUUUGUUAUUGUUGUUGUUGUUGAUUGCAACAGUGUUUUCGUUAGGCGCUGCAAAGAAUUUACGAUAUAAACACGAAAUAACAACAAUAGCAACAGAGGCAGAGACGUUGCAGCCAACAACAACAACGCCGAAACCGCCAACCACAGUCAAAACAACCACAACAACAACAACAAAGUUGUUGCAAAGCAGGCCGCCGAGUCAGCAGAAUAUAGUAGAUUGCGGAAAAAGCGAUAAAAUCGUUUUUCCAACAAAUGACGAUUCCGAGGAGGACAGCAAAUUCGAUGUUUAUGGCUUGAAGACAACACCACCGCCACCAAAACAGAAUGAAGUGAAAUUAGUUAAUAUAAUGACCCCUACCGAAUCAACUAUUAUAACAACUACAAAAUCAACCACGGAAGCCAGUGAUUCAGUUUCGAACUCAACUGUAAAAUCUUUUGACAAUCGUGUGGGUGUUCUAAAUUUGCCGCCACACUGUCCCAAAGGAUUCGUGGUAGUUAAUCAGUACUGUCAUCAACCAGCAUAAUGUUAGAAAAUGUCAAUUUAAAUACGUAAUAAUAUAAUACUGUUAUUGAAAUUUUAAAAUAAAUUUACUUUCAUAGACUAAACGAAA